AUGUAUACAACCAUGUUGGAAGCCUAUGCCUCAGCAGAGCGUCGCAUUCAUGACCUAGAAGCUCAGUUGGCUGCUGAAACUAGCGAAAAAACUACGGCAGCCGCUACCUUAAAGUCAGAAUUAGAGGUUCAUGUAGAAGAGCUGCAACGCCAACUGGAAGCGGAAACCCAAGCACGUCGCGAACUUGAGGAGGCCAGUAUUCGGUUGGAGGCGAACCAUACGGCGCUGAAGCAGGUGGGCUCGCCUCCCUUCCCUGAGCGGACAACGCCACACAGUCCACUACGGUUGCCAGGUGCUCUAUAUGCGCACCAUGUGUCUACCUUCUUUGCUACACCUACUUCCAUUUAUUCCAAUGACCCACACUAG